UGAACAGGGGCAGUUCGUCUUUACCUUACAUGUGAUGAAUGCAGAGAGAAUGCAUCCGAAUCCUGGGGAAAUGGAUGAGAGGAGAAGAACGAGCGGAAACAAAUCCUCCGCGGCGGCGGUGAGAGCGAAGAUUCCUCAGCCGAGCGGCUCUGUUCUUCGGAAGAUCAAUUGUCAAAAGCUGUUGACCUCACAGUACAUUUUGGCUAAGGUUUUUAGAAAAGACGGUCCGUCACUUGGUUUUCGAUUUGACCAUCUUCCUCCUUCAUCUCGCACUCGCCGCCGCAAAGUAGCUUCUUCUUCAUCAUCAUCUGUUGAUCAACAGAGAGUGGGGAGAAAGAGAAAGGUUUCCGAGCAGCACACUAGUCAAGAUGAUUGCGGCGUUGUAAAGAAGAAACAAUAUGGUGUUGGCAAGGGUUUGAUGACAGCUUGGCGGGUUAUGAAUCCAAAUAGCCACGAAAGAGCAACAUUAGCUCAAAGCAAUCCCAAGAAGAACAAAAUACAAUUAGCAUCAAUACUGAAGCAGAAGCAGAAGAAGAAAUCGACGGAAAAGAAGAGGAAUUCAAUAAAUAUAGAGACCACGGUAGAAUUGAACAAAGAUGAGACGGUGGCAUUUAAUGAGAAAUGUGAGCUCGGGGAGGUAUUUAAAGAAACCUGUCAAACAAUUUCGAUACUAGUUGAUGACGAGGAAUUGGAGAGACAGGAAGGACUAGUGAAUCCUCCGUUAACUUGUUCAUGCCAUACUGCUACUAGUGGAUCUUGUUUUCUUUGCAAAGAUUUAUUGCCCAAGUUUCCCCCAAGUUCUGUUGGCAUGAGGCUGCCUUUUGCUUUGCAUCCAUGGAAUUCUUCGCCAGAGUCUGUGAAGAAACUUUUUAAGGUUGUCCAUUUCCUGUAUACUUAUUCAGUAACUCUUGACAUAUGCCCCUUCACAAUUGACGAGUUCACAAGGGCAUUUCAUGAUAAGGACUCCUUGCUACUUGGUAAAAUUCAUCUUUCCCUGCUGAAGUUGCUUCUGGUUGAUGUUGAAACCGAGCUGCAAAGGGGAUCUUUUUCAACCUUGAGUAUAUCAUGCAAGUUUCUAGCCCUGCUACAGUCGGUGGAGAGCCAAAUUCUUAUUCUUGAUAUGUGGAAGGAUUCAUUAAAUUCUCUUACAUGGGCGGAGAUACUGCGUCAGAUAUUGGUUGCAGCUGGUUUUGGUUCUGUAAAGCGGGCUGGUGGUCAAUCAGAGGAACUAAGUAAGGAAAGGAGACUCAUGAAAAAGUAUGGCCUCCGUCUUGGAACAUUAAAGGGUGAAUUAUUUAGAAUGCUUAACGAUCAAGGAGGCAAAAAUGGCUUGAAAAUAUCCGAGUUAGCUAAUGCAGCAGUAGAGGUUGCUGCGCUGAAUCUUGCAACUGCAUCAGAAGAAGAACGAGAGCGUUCAAUAUGUUCAACGCUGGCAAGUGAUAUUACACUUUUCGAAAAAAUAUCUGAAUCUACAUAUCGUGUACGUGUUAAUUGUUUCUCUGAGGACCAUGAGUCUGAUUCGAGCGAGUCUGGAAGUGUUGAUGAUGAUGAAUCUGGUGAUGAGAUGGGGCGUGUUUCAGAAAGUUUUGUAUUUCGAAAAGCUAAGAGGCGGAAGCAUAAAAGUAAGAUGUUGGAAGUAUGCAGUGAGAUUGAUGAAAGCCAUCCUGGAGAAGCAUGGCUGUUGGGGCUAAUGGAGGGGGAAUAUUCAGACUUAAGCAUUGAAGAGAAGUUAGAUGUUUUCAUGGCUUUGAUUGAUCUUCUUAGUUCUGGUUCCACUAUUAGAAUGGAGGAUUUACCCAGAGCUAUGGUUGACUGUGUCCCUAGUAUCUAUAGUCAUGGUUCUGGUGGAAAAAUCAAGAGAGCAUCAUCCUCUAAUCAUCCACGCGUAUCAUGGGUCCAUGGAGGAGAGCGAAUCGAAAAGCUAUCUAAGUCGUCUGAUUCUCAUCCAAUUGAUUCAUCAUCAAUUGUGGGGGCUGAUUUUGCAAAGCUCGCUGGAGACGAUGUUCACCCUAUGCAAUCUGUAUACCUUGGUUCUGACCGUAGGUUCAACAGGUACUGGCUUUUCUUAGGCCCAUGCAACGCGAAUGACCCUGGUCAUAGGUGUGUCUACUUUGAAUCUUCUGAAGAUGGUCACUGGGAAGUUAUCAGCCACAAGGAGGCUUUGCGGGCACUGUUGUCAGUGUUGGACGAUAGGGGUAGACGGGAAGCUCGGCUUAUUGAGUCAUUGGAGAAACGAGAAAGUUUUCUCUGUCAAGCCAUGUUAAGAAGAAUUGAUCAUGUAGUCAGAGAGGACAGUUCUUCUUCACCGGUUUCUGAUAUAGACAACAACAACCUAUGUCUGAAUGAGAUUGCCAAUGAUCAACAAGCAGCUAUAGUAUUUGAGAAGCGGGGCAAAAGCCUAUUGUGGAGCCUUGUUCAGGAGUUUGAUGAAUGGAUAUGGGAUAAAUAUUAUCUUAACCUCAAUGCUGUUAAACACAGCCGAAGAUCCUACCUUGAUUCGCUCACUAGGUGUAAGAGUUGUCAUGAUUUGUAUUGGAGAGAUGAGAAGCACUGCAAGAUUUGCCAUGCUACCUUUGAGCUUGAUAUAGAUCUUGAAGAAAGAUAUGCGAUUCAUGAAGCCACAUGCAGCAGGAAGAAUGAAGAGACUAGUGAUUCAUUUCCAGAUCAUAAAGUUCUUUCUUCCCAGUUGCAAUCACUAAAGGCUGCAGUGUAUGCCAUUGAGUCUGCAAUGCCCGAAGAUGCCUUGAUUGGUGCAUGGAAAAAGUCAGCUCAUAGGUUAUGGGCCAAAAGGCUUCGACGAAGCUCAACUUUGUCUGAAAUUACCCAGGUGAUUGGCGACUUUGUUGGGGCAAUCAAUGAAGAUUGGUUAUGGCACUUUGGUGAGGAGGAGGACCACUAUAAUAACGCUUUAAUGGGAGAAAUUAUAACUAGCUUCCCUUCCAUGCCUCGAACAACUUCUGCGAUUGCUCUCUGGUUGGUAAAACUGGAUACCUUGAUUGCUUCUUAUGUGGUGGAUAAAGCUCCUCUACCUGAAGGGAAUCAAUUGAACAGGACCAGGAAACACAAGUAGGUGAACGUAUAAGCAGUAGUUGUAGCUCUCAUCACGGAAGGGGAUACGUAGGAGGAAAAUUUUGUACAGAGAAGAGAUGUUUUGUUCCUGCAUUAAGUGACUUUUUGAUAAAAUAUAUGUAUAUACAUUUUAGGAAGUCAUUCGGUUUUAUAUUGUUUUGCUUUCCUAUGAUUCCUAAAACAUUUUCUUCAUUGUAUGGGAAAAACGUAGUUUUAUGUCCUGGUGAACAUUUUGGGGUUUGUUUUCUGUAAAAUAAAACGAUCACCAUUGUGUUUAUGUGGUGAUCUAACAAUAUAUCUAGCGUUUGAGCCGUACAAAUGUUUUUUACAA